GUGAACAUGGCGCCGCCUGUACCGCUUUUAGCAGGUGACUGACCAGGAAGCGACUCGUACAUGUCCCCAAAUGAAUGGGAAAAGACGCAAAAUCAACGGGAAGUGACCUACAAAUGCCCUCAAAAGUGGCAAGACGUCAGAGGGUCGGACGGUACGAGGCUCCUCGACGGUCCCCCGACCUACCAAGAGCACGCCGCCUUUCCCAGGGACCCUCACCCGUGCCGGUGCCUGACAUUUAGCCGCGACGGUUCACUCUUGGCCUGGUGCAAUGGCAAAAGCGUGUCAGUGGCGCGGACGUCGGACGGUUCCUCGGUGGCCACCUUGGAGCUCCCCAAGACGACGCUGUUGGAAUUCUCGCCGCUGGGCAACGUUCUGGUCACCUGGCAGCCGUACACAAAAAGCGCCGACGCGGCCCAAGGCGAGCCCAACCUUCGGCUGUGGAAGCUCCCCGGCGCCGGCCCGCUAAAGGCUUUCUUUCAGAAGAAAGCGGAGGCCUGGUGUCCCAGCUGGUCCGCCGAUGAGAAAAUGGCCGUCAGGAUGGUCAGCAACGAGCUGCACUUCUUCGAGGACAACAAUUUCGACGUGAUCGCCAGCAAGCUUCUCGUGCUCAAAGUUUCCAACUUUGAGCUUUCGCCGGGGAGCCAUCCGGGCAAGGUUUGCGUGUACGUCCCGGGCAGCAAAGGAGGGCCGUCCUUGGUGCGCAUCUUCCAGUACCCGAACUGGGGCGCCGCGCUGGCCACCAAGAGUUUCUUCAAAGCGGACCGUGUCAGCAUGCUGUGGAACAACAAAGCGUCAGCCGCGCUGGUGACGGCGAGUACAGAGGUGGACAAGAGCGGAGCGUCCUACUAUGGCGAACAGACGCUGCACUACCUCAACGUCGGCGGAGAGACGGCGCUCGUGCAGCUGCCCAAGAACGGUCCCGUCUACGACGUGGCGUGGAGUCCUAACUCGAGCGAGUUCUGCGUGGUGUACGGCUUCAUGCCGGCAAAGGCCACCGUCUUCAACCUCAAGUGCGACGCCGUCUUCGACUUCGGGACCGGACCGCGGAACGCCGUCUACUACAGCCCCAAGGGUAACAUCCUGGUCCUCGCGGGAUUCGGGAAUCUCCGCGGCCACAUGGAAGUUUGGGAUGCCAAGAAGUACAAACAGGUGUCGAAAUUGCAAGCGGAAAACUCCACGCACUUUUCCUGGUGUCCGGACGGCGAGCACGUGCUGACGGCCACGUGCUCGCCGCGCCUGCGCGUGGGCAACGGCUUCCAGGUGCGCCACUACUCGGGCGGCGUGGCGCACGCUCACGAGACGCCCGAUGGCGCGGAGCUGUGGGAGGCUCGCUGGCAGCCCUUCCCCGAGGGGACAUUCCCCGAGCGGCCGGUGGCGAGUGCCCGGCCCGGCGGCGAGCCGGCCGCCACCCCCGCCCUGGCCUACCGGCCGCCCGCCCUCAGACACCUCCCGGCCGCGCCCACUUCAAAGCUGCACGAGGAAGAAGCGCCUCAGAACGCGCGCGGUCCCGACAAGAUUCUGUCUAAAGCGGCGCUGAAGAAUCAGAAGAAACGAGAAGCGCGAAAAGCCGCCAAGCAGGAGAACAAGCCCGAGGCGGAGCCUCCCUCGGACCCCGCGCCCGUCGCCCGACCGUCGGAGACCGGCGGCGACCCCGAAACAGACAAGAAAAUCAAGAACGUCAAGAAGAAGUUGAAAGCCAUCGAGGAGCUGAAGGAGCAACAAGCGGCGGGGAAAGUUCUGCAGAAGAACCAGCUGGAAAAGAUGCAGAAGGAGGAGCAGCUGCUGGAUGAGCUGAAACACUUGGAGCUGCACUCGCUUUGACCGAAGGAUCGCGGGCGGACGGCGUCUCUUUCGCAGGUCGCUAAGCGACGUGUCACCACUUGCGCAAUAAAAGCCUGAUUUUGUUCAUCGCUCCAUAGCCAACUUGCAUUAUCUCCAUCAAAUGGGAUGGGACGAUACGGGGGAUCUAAAGGCUUAAUCAUUUCAGGGUGUCAGACUGAUUUUACUGGAAAAGAAAACACACUGUUAUUGUUCAUCCAUAAAUUCAAAAAGGGGGGCAAACAUUUGAGAGAAAUAGGAUGGAAAAGGAGGGAUGCGUGGAAAUUGUAUCAUUGUAUUGAAAGCAUACGUUUUGCCAUUGGCAACAAAAAAGUAAACCCAAUGAAAGAGCUGAGCUGAGCUCCAAGUCACUUGAUUUCAAGAAAUUCUCCGUGAUGGGAAGUUGCCCCAUGCAAUAUGGCCGCCGUACAGGACGGAAACGGGUCGCGUCUCGUUUUCACGCCUGUGAUUGGAACACCCAGCUGUCAGCCAAAGGUGGUUCUUGAUGACGCAAAAAAAGUGGCAUUUGACGGCAGUUCGGCUAAAUGGAGUUAAGCUAACCAAGGUAAGGGUUCUCGAUACACGCAGAGUCAACAUUCAAGUCAAGUUGGAACGCGGCGUCAAGGGACGUCUUUGAGCCUAAAAGCGAGUGCGCAAACGUGGCGUCCUAAAUUCCAAACAAGGGGCUUGGACAUUUUGGUGGGGGUGGGACGCGGGUCCACACGUGCAGGCGGCGUCUUUCCAGGAGGCGCUACAACAGAGCUACGACCAACAGCGAGUGCUGGCGCUGCGCGACAGGAAGGAGGCCGUGCUGCGCGUCUUC